AUGCGGGUGUGGGCAGCGCUGCGGGCUGCGGGGACGGUACCGGGAGGGUUCCGGGAACGCUUCGAGUUCGGCGGCCGUGAUGUGGCUUCGUGGUUCCCGCGGCACAUGGCGAAAGGCCUGCGGCAGAUGCGACUGGCUCUGCGCCGCGCCGACUGCCUCGUGGAGGUGCACGACGCUCGAAUUCCGCUGUCGGGCCGUAACCCCGCGCUCCUGGAGGCUCUGGGCAUCCGCCCUCACGUCCUGGUGCUGAACAAGAUGGAUCUGGCUGAUCCUCGCCGGCAGCCGGCGGUCUUGGAGCAGCUGAAGCAGCAGGGAUGCUCGCACGUAGUCUUCACUGACUGCCAGCGUGAUGUCAAUGUCAAGAAGGUUGUCCCCAUGGUUGCCAGGCUGGUGGCCGACGGCCCACGCUACCACAGGGCCGAGAGCUCCGAGCACAACAUCCUGGUGAUUGGCGUGCCCAACGUGGGCAAGUCCUCGCUCAUCAACUCCCUGCGAAGGCUGUACCUCAAGAAGGGCAAAGCCACUGCUGUGGGGGGCGAGCCAGGAAUCACCAAGGCAGUGCUGUCCAGGAUCCAGGUGUGUGAGAAGCCCCUGAUGUACCUGGUGGACACCCCUGGCGUGCUGCCCCCCAAGCUGGGGGAUGUGGAGACGGGAAUGAAGCUGGCGCUGUGUGGAGCCAUCCAUGACCACUUGGUGGGGGAGGACGUCAUGGCCGACUACCUCCUGUACACCCUGAACAAGCAGCAGCAGUUUGGGUACGUGCAGCGCUAUGGGCUGGGCCAGCCCUGUGACCACAUCGAGCCCCUGCUCAAGCACAUGGCCCUCGCCCAGGGCCGCACGCAGAAGGUGAAGGUGCUGACAGGCACAGGGAACGUCAACAUGAUGAUGCUCAACUACCCAGCUGCUGCCUAUGAGUUCCUGCGGGACUUCCGAGCAGGACGCCUGGGCAGGGUGACACUGGAUUGAGAGCUGUCACUGGGCAGGCGCUGCCUGCAGCCAUGUGGACUGGGGUCACCCUGGUGCCCCAUGGGGCUGGGAACACCUCAGCAGGGAGCUAUGGUGUGCGAUUGAGGCCGCUCUGCCAGGGCUCUCCUGGCUUUUGGGUAAGAUGCCGGAGGGACAGAAUGCCCUGUGGUGUCGCUGUUGUGAUGCUUCCAUGAAGAGCAGUGCCC